GGAAAAAGCAAGAAAAUAAAAAUGCGACCAUUUCAAAGCGACCUUCUCGCAAUAGGGGAACCAAAGUUUCUCUCUCAUCCCACGGACCGAUGGCGAAGGCGAUGGUAGAGAUCAUUGUGGUAGGUGGUGUUUUCCUCCUUAUGCUACUUCUGAUCCUCCUCCUCAUCCUCCUUGCCUGCAAGCCAUGGCGAUAUUUCUCCAGAUCCUCUCGCACCCGCACGAUCAAGGUUGAUGACUUAGAGAGACCUCUUGUUUCAGAAGAUCCAAAUUUGACCAGGAGCCCAAUUAAUGAUUUUGCUAGAAAUAAUGCUGCAGAGGAGACAUCUCAUUUAACUGAAGGGAAUUUCAGCUCGUCCCGGGCACAUGGACUCGGUUAUAAACAACGAAUUCCAUCUAAAGCUUCCCAGUUGACCCAAAGUGGUAGUUUUGUUCUAAAUGUAGAAGAUAUAGUAGUUGGUCAGACGCUAGUUGGUCAGACGCUUAGGGUUCCACUGGUGACAAACGACUCCGCUGAAGAGCUGAAAUCUGGCAGAGAGGAAGAUUUAAGUUAUGAUUCAAAAUUUGGUUCAGAGAAUGAUAGCUUUAGAGAAUUUGUGCCUAAAGGAAGCUGCCUCACCUUGGAGGUUAUCUCCGGUCCUUCUCGUGGGCUCCGUUGUUCUGUGCAGUCAACAAAUACUUCUAGGCUUCCACUUACUCUUGGGAGAGUUUCUCCAAGUGAUUUAUUAUUGAAGGACUCAGAGGUUUCAGGGAAGCAUGCGCUGAUAAACUGGAAUUUGAAUAAGUCAAAAUGGGAGUUGGUGGACAUGGGUAGCCUAAAUGGAACACUGUUGAAUUCCCAGACAGUCCACUAUCCUGAUUCUGGGAGUAGACAUUGGGGUGAGCCAACUGGACUUGAAAAUGGAGACGUGAUAACUCUUGGCACCACCUCAAAAAUAUUAGUUCACAUCACAUCUCGAACUGAAUACCAGAUCCCUUUUGGUGUUGCUGUUGCAUCAGAUCCCAUGGCUUUGCGCCGAGGAGGAAAGAAGCUGCCUAUGGAAGAUGUCUGCUAUUACCAGUGGCCCAUUCCUGGGACUGAUCAGUUUGGAUUGUUUGGUAUAUGUGAUGGACAUGGUGGAGCAAGUGCUGCCACAUCUGCAAGCAAAUUACUGCCUGAGAUGGUUGCAAGUAUCUUGUCAGAUACGGGCAGAAGGACAAGGGUUUUGUCAAAAUGUGACGCUUCAGAUGUUCUUAGGGAUGCAUUUUUACAAACGGAAGCACGCAUGAAUCACUACUAUGAGGGUUGUACUGCAACAGUGCUUCUGGUUUGGGCUGAUGGCCAUGAAAAUUUCUUUGCGCAAUGUGCAAAUGUUGGAGAUUCAGCUUGUGUCAUAAAUAUUGAUGGGAAGCAGAUUAAGAUGACAGAAGAUCAUAGAAUAACCAGUUAUUCUGAAAGACUCCGUAUCCAAGAAACAGGAGAACCUUUAAAAGAUGGGGAAACACGCCUAUGCGGUUUGAACCUUGCUCGAAUGCUUGGAGACAAAUUUCUGAAACAGCAGGAUGUUCGCUUCAGUUCAGAGCCUUAUAUUAGUCAAGUUGUGUACAUAAAUCAAGAAAGCAGGGGCUUUGCCCUUUUAGCGAGUGAUGGAUUUUGGGACGUCGUUAACUUCAAGAAGGCAUUUCAUCUUGUUCAUCGGACAAGGGAGAGAGAUGCUACAGGCAGAGAGAAUACGGCAGAAAAGAUUGCUAACUUUUUGUUAAGUGAGGCCAGAUCACAGCGUACAAAGGAUAACACCUCUAUAAUUUUCUUAGAUUUUGAUACAAGUAGAAUAUCGUGUAAACCUGAUUCUUAGGACAAGUGUCAAGGUGUAUAUUACAAUCUCUCAUUGUUUUAUUUAUUUUUUAAUUUUGAAAUUAGUUUGA